AUUCCCAGUAUAUCUAUGGGUUUCCUCCCCCUGCACCUUCAAUCAUUUAUCAUUUCUUUAUCUGUUGUGAUUUGUGGUUUUACCAUCAUCAGAGUCUUGAGAUAUCACAUGAUUCAGAAGCCUAAACUGCCUCCAGGUCCUAAACCAUGGCCUAUACUUGGUAACCUUCCUCAAAUGCUUUCAAACAAACCUGUUUUUCAAUGGAUACACAAUCUCAUGCAAGAUAUGAACACUCAAAUUGCAUGCAUUCGUCUAGGAAAUGUCCAUGUAAUUCCAGUCACAUGUCCCUCCAUUGCUUGUGAGUUUUUGAGAAAGCACGAUGCUGAAUUUUCUUCAAGACCACUGACCAUGGCCACUGAUAUCAUGUCCAGUGGUUAUAAGACCAUAGCUAUUGUACCCUUUGGGGAGCAAUGGAAGAAAAUGAGGAGAAUCUUCGUCAACGACUUGUUCUCCCCUCUCAGACACCACUGCUUUCAACACAAAAGGAACGAAGAAGCUGAUAACAUUAUGUUUUAUGUGUACAACAAAUGCAACAAUGUGAAGGAUGGGGGCCUUGUGAACGUCAGAGAUGUUUCACAGCACUAUUGCUGCAAUGUGACGAGGAAGUUGAUUUUUAAUACAAGGUACUUUGGAAAGGGUAGGGUGGAUGGAGGGCCAGGGCCAGAAGAAGUAGAACAAGUGAAUAAUAUUUUCACAUUGCUUAAACACGUUUAUGCAUUUUCUGCUUCUGAUUAUCUUCCAUUGUUGAGGGUUUUUGAUUUGGAUGGGCACAAGAGGAAGGUGAAGAAAGCAAUGAGAACGAUGGAGAAGUAUCAUGAUCCAAUGAUUGAAGAGAGAAUGAAGCAAUGGAAGAAUGGAGCAAAGAACGUUGAAGAAGACUUGUUGGAUGUUCUGAUCUCACUCAAAGAUGACAAUGACAAUCGUACUCUCACAAUGAAGGAAAUCAAGGCCCUUACUAUAGAACUUAUGCUUGGAGGAGCAGACAAUCCAUCCAAUGCAGUUGAAUGUGCACUUGUAGAAAUGAUAAAUCAGCCGGAUAUACUUCAGCAAGCUACUGAUGAAGUAGACAAGGUUGUCGGUAAGCAAAGGAUGGUGCAGGAAUCAGAUGUUCCAAAACUCAAUUAUGUAAAGGCUUGUGUGAGAGAAGCUUUUCGUCUUCAUCCAGUGGUGCCUUUUAAUCCUCCUCAUGUCUCAAGCAAUGACACAAUGGUGGGAAACUAUUUUAUUCCAAAAGGUAGUCAUGUACUUCUAAGCAGACAUGGACUUGGACGAAACCCUAAAGUGUGGAAUGAACCACACAAGUUCAAACCUGAACGUCAUGAAAAGAAUGAUGGAUCUAUGGUUGUUUUGUCAGAACCAGAUUUGACGUUCAUAUCAUUUGGCACAGGAAGACGAGGUUGUCCUGCAAUCUUACUUGGCUCCACCAUGACUGUGAUGUUGUUGGCAAGGUUGAUUCAUGCCUUUUCUUGGAGUGCACCUCCAAAUGUAUCAAGUAUCAAGAUUGUUAAGUCUGCUAAUGGUGGUAUGCUUGCUGAGCCACUUGUGUUAGAAGCCAAACCCAGAUUAGCACCAGAGUUGUAUUACAUAUAAGUAAUGAGUGAAUAAAUCCAUGCAAAUGAAAUACU